AUGCAAGGCGUGUCGGCCUCCGCCGUCGCCGUCGCUGCCGCCGCCGCCUGUGCGCUGUACGUCUUCUUCUUGUCACUCCACGCGGAGAAGGCCACCGGCGGCGGCGCCGCCGCUCCUGUUGCCGCCGUCGACGACGAGGAGGAGUUCACGGAGCUUGGAGGGCUGCUUCGGCCGCUGCAGGAGUGCGUGCGCACGAGGACCGGCUUUGGUGUCGUACCGGCAGCGACGGUGGCGGCAGUGGUGGUGGCAUCCCCAAACGGCUUGUAUGAGCUCGAUCGACUGAAGGUCCGGCCGAAGGGUUUGCUGCCGCCAUCGCCACUAGGCGGCUUAGACGCUAAGGUACCGCUGCCGGUGCGAACAAGGCCGCCCCCGGAGCCAAUACCUAGGGUGGUUGCUGCUGCACCCGCCGCCGCUGGCCCGGCAGCCGUCGCGGCGUCAUGCCCCAAUGAGGAGAUACCCGAAAUGCCGCCGAGAAUACCCCCGGAUCGGUGCGUGGAUCCAGCGGCGCCGGAGCGAGUGCGGCCUAAGCCGUUGGCGAUGGCGGUGGUGGUGCCAACGGUGGCGCCGAAGCUGCUCGUUUCGCCGAGGCCCUGCUGUGCCUGCAUGAACCCCUGCCGGCGUCCUUCACUCUGCGUGCGUAUGACUAUGCGCUGGCAGCAGCAGCCGUCGGGGCCCAGCAGCGCCGCUGCCGAAUGGCAACGCGCCGCCGCGAAGGCCGCAUUCAGUGAGUGCACAACGGCGGGUCCCUGGGCUCAGCCCGCCGGCGCCCAGCCCAGCGGCCAGCAGCAUCACAUUCUUGAGGAUGGCGCAGGCGGUGCGAAAGAGCUGUUGGGACCCAAGUCGCUGGCGGAGCAGGGACUGACCGACCCUUUCCAAGCGGUGGUGACGUCGGACGACUUAGCACACUUCAAGCCCGCACCCGACGUCUUCUUCCUGGCGGCGAAGAAGCUGGGGCUCAAGCCGGAGGAGUGCGUGCCCACACGUACUGGCGCAACUAGCACUCCCUGCAAGGCUCAGCAGCCCAGCGGGGGAACCAUCACCAUCAUUAUUAACACCAUCACGCCGCAGACCCGCUCGCUCAACUUGCCCAUGCUGGAGCACGCACAGUAA